AUGAUGAUGAAGGUGCGAUCCGGCUGUCAAGAGUACCUGACGGCGACUGGUGAACCAGACGUCGGGGUGUUGCGGCAGCUAGAGGAACAGCGAUGGCGUAUCUGUGGUGGGCCUUCGUCGGCGGCGACGUCGUCAUUAUCGGCAGUGUGUCCCCGCAUGCACAUCACGAGGCGAGGGCUCCUCCCCGCCUCUGUGUUCAUCGCCUGUCUCCCGCGACCCAACACCACCACCACAUCUCUCCAUCUAUCGCCUGCCAAAAGUGGUGACCCAGCGCCUACCAACAGUGGUGACCCAGCACCUACCAACAGUGGUGACCCAGCGCCUACCAAAAGUGGUGGCCCAGCACCUACCAACAGUGGUGACCCAGCACCUACCAACAGAGAGGUGACCCACAGCCUACACAACAGUGGUGACCCAGCACCUACCAACAGUGGUGACCUAGCACCUACCAACAGAGGUGACCCAGCGCCUGCCAACAGUGGUGACCCAGCGCGUUUGCCCAACAGUGGCAGUGACCCACCCACCAACAGUGGUGACCCAGCACCCACUGCCAACAGCAGUGGUGACCCAGCACCCACAACAGGAGUGGUGACCCAGCGCCUACCAACAGUGGCAGACCCAGCGGCUCACAACAGUGGUGACCCAGCGCCUGCCAACAGUGGUGACCCAGCGCCUACCAACAGUGGUGACCCAGCGCCUGCCAACAGUGGUGACCCAGCGCCCGCCAACAGUGGUGACCCAACACCACCAACAGUGGACCAGCGCCUGCCAACACAGUGGCAGACCUGA